CCAAUGGCGACACCCAUCUGGCUCGACUGCGACACCGGCCACGACGAUGCCUUUGCAAUCCUCCUCGCCGCUCACCACCCGGAUGUCCACCUGCUCGGCAUCUCCACCAUCUACGGCAACGCCCCCCUCGACAAAACCACCUACAACACCCGCGCCAUCCUUAAAGCAAUCGGCCGCGAAGACAUCCCCGUCUACCCCGGCGCCGCGCACCCCUUCUGCCGCCCCGUAGUCUACGCCCCAGACAUCCAUGGCGAAAGCGGCCUCGACGGCACCACCGUGCUCCCCGCACCAACCGUGCCCGUCCGAACGGACAGAACAGCCGUGGAAGCCAUGUACGCCGCACUAAUCUCCACCCCCAAAGGAACCGCGUGGAUCGUCCCCACAGGCGCCCUAACCACCACCGCCCUCCUGCUCGCCACCCACCCAGACCUCAUCGAGCACAUAGCCGGGCUAAGCAUCAUGGGCGGCGCCGUCGGCAACGCCUUCACCAAUGCCCCAACCCCGCCGGACAACCGCGUCGGCAACAUCACCCCCUGGGCCGAAUUCAACAUCUACAUCGACCCGGAAUCCGCGAAAUCCGUCUUCAGCAAACCCGUGCUGGCCGCGAAAACGACGCUCAUUACAUUAGACUUGACGCAUCAAUUCCUCGCGACGCAGGAAGUGCAGAGCUCGCUGCUCGCCGGUAGUAGUGCUUCUUCGUCUUCUUCCACAUCUAAUACUCGGAAACUCUUUGCUGAAAUCCUCGCCUUCUUUGCAAAAACCUACGCUGAGAUCUUCGCUAUUACUUCCGGGCCGCCUGUUCACGACCCCCUAGCCGUAGCCGCCGCCUUCCUACCGCACCUCUUCUUUGACUCCCUCGACAGCACAGACGCCGCGACAAAGCCAGUCCGAUAUGUAGUCGAUGUCAUUACGGAAGGCGCGCAUUCCGAGGCGGCGGAGAGUGCGAGGGCUCAAUCACAGUGUGGGCGGACAGUCGUUGCGCCUGUUGCCGGUGGAGGACCCGGCGUGAGGAUCCCGAGGGGUGUAGCGAAGGAGGAAGUAUGGAAGGUGAUUGGAGAGUGUCUUGCGCGAGGCGAGGCGGCGCUGCAUGCGCAAAAUUGA